CCCCCUACUUAUAUUUCCCUGCAAAAACAGAAGAUGCUUUGCGAUCCAAAUUUGCCAAUAUAAUUUAUAUAAAGCAUGAGUAGAUUAAGGGAUAAAGUUGAUCGACAGUUCUCCUCCAGUUCGGAAUGUGAAAGGGAGUCAGCUCCGUCGUCUGGAACUGUUUUCCACGAAAGACAAACGGAGGUCCCAACAUGUACAUCAAAUUGGGAUCAAAACCACUUGAAUCAGCUGCAGAUUUCAGCUGUGUUGUCAAAGGCAUACACACCAAUGGACAUUAUAAAUAGUUUUAAAAUAUAUAGACUCAGUUAUGAUUAUGAAGGAUUAAUUGAUCAGAGAGUGAAAAAAAUAAGUGAUCAUUUGUUUUCUUGUAUGCCAAGUGGAUUACAGGCUUUACAUUUUGAUGACUUUUCAUCAGUACCAUCCAAAACUGCAACUUCUUUGUUGUAUGAUAAGUAUGAUGGUUCAUGGAAUGAGAAAAGUUUUCAUGUUCCACCAUUACCAGGUCCCCCAGAUGCUAAAGAUGAAUAUUGGCGUGAAUCAUUCAGAGUCAAUGGAGAUCUGUUCAGCAAAAGAUUGAUGUAUAUGACAUGGCUCAGGGAACAAGAUUUACCAGUCUCAGAACAUUUGUUUCAGGAGCUGUUUCAACAUUUCAGUGCAAUGUUUGGAUUAGAUGCAAUUGGUGCACCUGGUGUAAAGUGUGAAACAUUGAGGAUUGGCGAUGUAGAAGUAACAUCAACAGCAGAUCUAGUUUAUUAUGACUUUCCUAAAUGCAGCCAUGACCAAGGAUCAAAGAUAUUUGUUGUGUGUGAGGUAGAAAAAGAUGCCUUGCAAAAUGAUGAAGAACCAUCACCUCCAAAAACACAUCGAUAUGAAGAAGGAUGCCAACAGCGAAUUUGUCAUCUAUCUUCUAAUUUAAUUGGACAACAUGGUGGUGACCUACUGACACAUUUUCCUUGCAAAUCAUCAAUACAGUAUGGUCUGUUUGGUUUUAUUGUUCAGUGCACCAGUAUAACAUUUACACAUUUGGAUUGUUCUGAAAUAGACUUUGAGCAAAUAAGAACAGGAAAUCCUUCUUUUCCUCCAGGAACUGGACCUGUUAUACGAUUUAGUCAGCCAUACAACUUUCUUAAAGCUGAGGAUAGAAGGCACAUAAUUCCGCCUUUACUUAAACUUGGAUUGAUCAAGUCGUAUAUGUAACGAUUUAGUCAGCCAUACAACUUUCUUAAAGCCAAGGAUAGAAGGCAUAUAAUUCCGCCUUUACUUAAACUUGGAUUGAUCAAGUCGUAUAUGUAACGAUUUAGUCAGCCAUACAACUUUCUUAAAGCUGAGGAUAGAAGGCAUAUAAUUCCACCUUUGCUUAAACUUGGAUUGAUCAAGUCGUAUAUGUAACGAUUUAGUCAGCCAUACAACUUUCUUAAAGCUGAGGAUAGAAGGCAUAUAAUUCCACCUUUGCUUAAACUUGGAUUGAUCAAGUCGUAUAUGUAACAAUUUUUGUCAGUGCUGUAUAUGGCCGUCAUGACAAGAUAUCUGAGUUGGCAAGCAGCUGAAUAUUCAGCUUUUGAUUGGGAACAUAAUAUUCACUGGCUUUCACAGUUUCAGAUACAUCUGUGUAAAUUUUGAGGCUUCAAAUAGUCUUAACGCAGUCAAUGGGUUUUCUCAGUUAUUACAGAUGUGAAAUAUGUGACAUUUUUUUUUAUAUGAGACAUGUUUAGAUCGAUAUGGAACGGAAGCCUGAAUUGCUUCAUUGCAGAAAUUUCUUUAUGCAGAUGUGUCUAAAUUGAAGCUGAAAACCAUAAUUCAGAGGGCAAUAUCAACAUAAGACAAAUCAUGAUCACUCAGUCAGAUAUAUCAUGGAACUAACCAUUAACACCACACCAUGCAAACAAAAACAAAAAAUAUAUUAACUAUGUCGCACACCACAAACACCUAGGGCAUGUAGAGGACUGUGACCUUUUAUUUUGAAAUUGUUUAUUCUCAUGAUACUUAUGCAAAAUAGAAUUUACGUCAGAUACCAGUUACCGAAUAGAUGCUAUGAUUAACAAAAACUUGUGCAACAUCUCGACAUACUCAUUAACAACUGCCACAAAAUGUAGAACUAUUAACCUGAGGGAUUUUGCUUCUUACUUAAUUUUGAAGCGACACAAGAAGUCUGUUUAAACGUUUUGAAUUUUAUCAAAGAUAAGAAGAAAUGAUAAAUAAAUGACCAUGCAUAUAUUGUUACAUAAGCUAAGUUUGGUAUUAAUUUUUUU